AUGGCAGACUCCCCGCAUGGUACCGAUGGUACCAUUGGCAAGAUUCUGCGUUUCCGGAAACCAAAGUGCACCCCGGCCAUCUUCAUCCAUGCUGGUGCCGGGUUCCACAGUCCUCAGAACGAGCGGAUCCAUCUUGAAGCCUGUGCCUCGGCGAGUGAAAUGGGUAUGCGGUUUCUGAAGGCCGGCUCGAGCGCCAUCGAAUCUGUUGAAGCAGCCUUGAAGGUUCUCGAGGAUAAAGAGAUUACAAACGCCGGCUACGGAUCCAACCUGUCUAUUGAUGGCAUUGUUGAGUGCGACGCCACUGUGGUCGACCACCUCGGACGGAGUGGCGCGUGUGGUGCUGUGCCAGGCGUACGCAACCCCAUAUCUCUGGCCAAGACCAUCCUAGACACGAGUAACAAGCCCCUCAGUCUACGUCGUGUCCCACCCAAUGCCCUCGUUGGCGAAGGGGCUAAGAAGUUUGCUGAGGAGAAUGGCAUAGUGACAUGCUCCAAUGAGCAGCUGGUAUCAAAAAAUGCUCGAGAUCGCUUCAUUCGCUGGCAGAUGGACUUAAACCGUGUUGAGAGCAACUCAGAUCCUCGGAUGCUUCCGACAGUGGAUCAAGGCCACAUAGCACGAUCUCGACAUUUGCUCGACAAUGCGUCGCCCCUCCAUGCUUCGGAUCUACCUUUUCGCCCCGACCACAGCGCUGCAAUACUUGCUGCCACAUGGAAUGAGGGACAGCCCGGCUCUCCCAAUUGCGCUGCCCAAGAGCUAUCCGCCCCAGGUGGAAGUAUCACUCCUGGUGCAUUACCUCAACGCACACACCCGAAGAUAUGGUCAAGACUUGAGAUAAAUGAGCCUAGCAUCCCCGGGGACAACAGCAUUGUGCCGUCCAGCCAUAGUCUACAGAGCGGGAGUACACAAUUGCCAACCUUGGAACCGAUGGCAAACAGGACAACCGGCGAGGCAGAUACGGCGCAACAUCACCGCGCCACCUCGACGCCAGAAUGCAUGCGGCACAAUAGCCAAUGGGAUAGGGCCCAAAAUGGCCCUCCCUCUUUGGAGAGCCACAUUCCAACUUCUCAGGGGAUUAAGCGCCCUCACAGCCAAAUGGGUGGCGACGAAGAGGAACCUGGCCAGCCUUCCUGGAUCAUAGCUCCACCUUUUCUGACCCGCGAGGACGGCGAGGACGUCAUAACAGACACUAUCGGUGCUAUUACAGUGGAUGAAAAUGGCCACAUCGCCGCUGGGUCAUCUUCGGGUGGGAUUGGGAUGAAGCACAGAGGUCGCCUAGGCCCCGCUGCCCUUGUUGGCGUGGGCACGGCCGUGAUACCAUGUGACAAGGACGAUGAGGAUCAGGUUAGCGUGGCUGUUGUAACGAGCGGUACCGGAGAACACAUGGUAACAACAAUGGCAUCACAGCGAUGCGCUGAGAGGAUCUACUACGGUACGCGAAAAGGACAAGACGGCGAGGAUAUUCGUGAGGAUGACGAGGAUGCCAUCAUGGAAUCCUUUGUCGUCAAUGACUUUAUGAACCAUCCUGGGGUCAAGAAUUGCCACUCCGCCGCCGCCAUUGGUGCUAUGGCUGUCAAGAAGACACCCAGGGGCUACUACCUAUACUUUGCUCACAAUACCGACUCCUUCGCUCUAGCAUCGAUGAGCGGUUUCGACAAGCAGCCGGUAUGUACCAUGUCGCGUUUGCCCCAGGGAGGCAAGAUUGCCAAAGGUGGACUCAGGAUCAGCGUGGACUGA